AUGGCUUUAUUACUCGACAAACGCAAAAUCAUCACGGUUUGCACGAUAUCACCAAUUCGGCAAACAGUCAAUACAGCUGACGUGAAGCAAACAGUAGCUAGCGAAACUUCUACCAACCAACCUCGAGAGUUAAAAGAUAUGUCUACUGGUAAAGAGUCAAGAAAACCCGUAAAUUCGAAGUCUGACGACUACGAAAGAGACCCUCUUACCGGAAGGCCAUUAGCAGAUGGUGGCGAGUCUUGUCUAAGGUGUAUAGACAAGGGACUUAAGUGCACCCUUAUCUUCGUAGGAUUUGAGAAUGAGGCUAAGUGCGCUGCUUGCAGAAGAUCUAACUCUCAAUAUUGUAUUCGACAGCGUCGGCCUCAGGAUUGUUAUAUGUUCUAUGGACAUCCUUGGAACAGUCCAAACUAUUUCGCCGUUGGAGAAGGUCCUAACUCGAGAGAAAUGGAUGAAAUCCUUCAGGAGCACUUCCUUGGCAAGAUAAUAGACUCGCUAGGUACGUGGGCGUAUAUAUACAUCUAUGGUCCGAAACAGAAUAGUAUGACCCUUCCUCCUUUCAACGGUAGUUGCCUACCGGCGGCUACCCGACCGGAUGAUUUUAAAUCCAAGACCUGGAAGGACGUGUUACCGAUCUUGAUUAACAGGAGCGAUCUCGGUCGGAUAGGAGAUCACAUAGCAGAGAUGUGUAAAUCAGCGGAAGAGAAAGCGGCGGAACAGAAACAUGCGGCGGAAGAAGCUUUACAGGCCUCUAUGUCAGUGACUAACAAGACUGGAAUGGUUCCUCGCAGAUUUAAUCAUAAAAAACGUUCUGAGUGCUAUCAAAUUAGAGGUAUGCAUGUGUCGGAAUACGUUGAUAUUAUGGGGGGAGACAUCGGAAGUUCAAAAAGCUGA